AUGACUUCGAAAGCUCAAUCCCCAAGGCGGGGCCGACCUUUGCCCAACAUCGACCAGAGCAAUUCGCCGUCCAAGACAAACGGCGCCCAGAAUCGAACUCUCUCUGGUAGCACUGAUCGAAACGCCUCCCGGGACAACCGAAUCGCCACCGAACGCUCACCGCUCUUGUCCCCAACAAGCGAAGACGAUGGCUCCAACGGUGGUAACACGGUCAUGGAGGAGCAGGAUGACUUACAACAGACCAAGAGCGUCUGGUAUUUGAUCCUGCUGACGAUCAGCAUCGGCGGUUUGCAAAUCGCCUGGUCCGUCGAACUGUCCAAUGGAUCGCCAUACUUGCUCUCACUGGGACUCAGCAAGUCGCUGAUGGCCUUGGUGUGGAUCGCAGGUCCGCUUACCGGGACUCUGGUCCAGCCCUACGUCGGCAUGCUUAGCGACAACUGCCGGCUCCCGUGGGGCAAGCGGAAACCGUUCAUGCUCGGCGGAGCCAUCGCGACCAUCAUAUCCUUGAUGUUCUUGGCCUGGACGAGGGAAAUUGUGGGCGGCUUUUUGGGCCUCUUCGGCGCUGACCCAGAGUCUCAAGGAGUCAAGAACUCAAUUAUCGUAGUGGCUGUGGUCGGGAUCUACGUGCUCGAUUUCGCCAUCAACACCGUCCAGGCCGCCAUUCGAGCCUUCAUCGUCGAUUGCGCCCCAGCGCACCAACAGGAGGCUGCCAAUGCCAUGGCAAGUCGCAUCACCGGUUUUGGCAACAUUGUAGGAUACAUCGCCGGCUACGUUGAUUUGCCCAAAUACGUCUGGUUUCUGGGCGACACCCAAUUCAAGGUCUUGUGCGCCAUAGCCAGCAUCGCUUUGAGCACGACCAUCGUCGUCAGCACGACAUUGAUUCGCGAGCGAGACCCUCGUCUUGAAGGCCCGCCAUCGCAGAGCAAGGCCGGUGUCAUGUCGUUCUUCGGCAAGAUCUUCACUUCCAUCAAGCGUCUGCCGCCUCAGAUCAAGAGAGUCUGUCAGGUACAAUUUUGCGCGUGGAUCGGCUUCUUCCCCCUCCUUUUCUACACCUCUUCUUACAUUGGUGAGAUUUACGUCGAGCCCUACUUGGAGCAAAAUCCUCACAUGAGCCCCGAGGAGCUUGACAGACUCUACGAGCGAGCGACCAGAGUCGGAACUUUUGCUCUGCUCAUCAACUCGAUCGUCAGUUUGGCUACCAAUGUUUUUCUCCCAUUCUUUAUUGCCCCUACCUAUGAUAGUCACCCCGUCGUAUUCGACGAGUCAGAUGCCUCCUCAAGCGAAUUCGACGACUUGAAGCCCUCUUUCUUGGAUAAGCUUCAAAUUCCAGGCUUCACGCUUAAGCGAGCCUGGUUUGCCUCGCUGUGGCUCUUCGCGGGAGCGAUGUUCUGCACCGUCGUUGUUCGAACUGUCGAGGCAGCCACCGCGCUGAUCGGAUUGGUUGGCAUUACUUGGGCCAUGACCCUUUGGGCUCCGUGGGCCAUCAUCAGCGCCGAGAUCAGUCGUCGAGACGCAACGAUUCGCGCUGCCAGGCAGCGACACGCAAGCCCUAACAGGGGCGCCGAUGGACCGGCUUCGCCCUCUCUCAACUCGAUCGCCGACUCCAACAAAUCCGACCUCGGCGACGGCGAGGAGACAGACCAAGCCGGAGUCAUUCUCGGCAUUCACAACAUGGCCAUCGCCGCGCCUCAGAUCAUCGCGACCGUUGGCUCGAGUAUCAUCUUCCGCAUCUGGCAAAAGCCCCGCGGCACGCCAGGGGACCACUCGAUGGCCAUCGUCCUGGCCCUCGGUGGAAUCGCCGUGCUAGUAUCGUCAUUCUUUGUGGCCGCCAUCAAGGAGAGCUCCACGAUGCCAGCGGACGCCAUGAUCUCGGCAGAAGAGGGUGACAACACCGGCGCGGGCAGCCGCCCGGGAACUUCAUACUCGCGUACCAAGAGCUACGAGCAGCUCCCACGCGUGAGCAUCAAGCGGGCCACCCUCACGAGAAAUAAGAGUUUUGGAGGUGCCGAGUACUAG